AUGUUGACAACUCAGCGUACCAUAUCCUCUGGUACUAGGAGAAUAAGUCCCUACAAAACAAUAUGCUCACCAUGUAGUCAUCGGUCUUUCACUCAAAAAUCAGUCAAAGUCAAUGACAUUGUUCUAUUGAAGCCGGAAACGAAUCCAAACGCUUUACCUACUUUGUCAAAGCCUCUACAUCCAGGUGAUCUUCUUGUAUUCAGGGAUCACAGAAAAGUCAAGGCAGAGGAUGUUAUUGGAAAACCAUAUAGGUCUGUAGUGGCAGGUGGUAGAAGAGCAUUAUUUCGCAUAUAUGAACCUACUCUUGGUGAAUACUGUGAUAAUGCUCCAAGGAUUGUGACACCUAUCUAUUCUUCAGAUGCAAGCUUGAUUGUUUCUUUACUGGACCUCAAUUUUGCGGCAGUACCAUCGAGACAAUAUGAAAAUGCUACAAGGAGUGAGAAGUUCCAUCUCUCUCUCUAUAGGCCACUUAACGCAUCUGUUGUUUCGCAAGAUGAAGAUGAUUGGAAGCCGGCAACGUCUCCUGAGAGCAAAAAUCUGGAUUAUACAGAUAUUCCAGGGAGUUCCUUAAUCUCUUCCAACAGUUCAUCCUUCUCUAGAGAUCCGACGGAACUUACAGACGCAGAAGAAUCCGGAUUUUUGGAUUUCGUGGAACAAAGCAAUGAAACACUGGAGAUUUUCGAGGCUGGUACCGGUGCCGGCUCAUUGACUUUGCAUCUUGCUCGAGCGAUCCACGGAGCGAACACAAGGGCUCCGCCAAUACCGAGACAUCUUAGAACAGGGGGCAAGGUUACUCCAGAUGGCGAUAUCUACCGAAUCGGAGGCAAGUUUAACAAGAGAGAUGCGAAAUUUACUGAUUUAUACAAUGAAUGGCGUUCACAGCGACGAGCUGUGAUUCAUAGCUUAGAUGCGGAUGAACACCACUCGAGACAUGCACAAAGAACUGUCAGAAAUUACCGUCAUGGAAUUUAUUACCCCCACAUCGAUUUUCAUGUUGGUAGUAUUCAUGAUUACCUUUCAAAACGUUUGGAAGAGACUAAAGGUGUCUUCCUCGAUCACGCCAUCUUAGAUAUACCCGGUAUACAAGACGAAAUGGAAAUCGUGGGAAAAUGCAUCAAACCUGAUGGGCGUUUAAUCACAUGGUGCCCUAGUAUCACACAGCAUAUGAAGUGUCUGGAAGCUGUGAAAGGGAAGAAAUUGCCUUUCGUGUUGGAUCGGGUGUUAGAACUGGGAUCGCAACUUAGUACAGGAGGGCGAGAAUGGGAAGUGAGAUCAGUAAAGCCUCGAGCAUUGAUCAAAGCCGAGAAGAAAGCCAAAGCUGAGGAAAUGGAGAGAGAGGACAGACUCAAAACUGCCCUUCCCGUUAAUGAGUGGCUCACUAAGAUUUCAAGCAAAGAGGUGGAUGAGGUGACCAGUGAAGAUGUAGAAACAUCUGAGUCUGAAAGUGUUGCUGUUCAAGAAAGUACAGGAGAAGCUAGCGAUCUCACUGAUAUGUCAGGAUGGGAAAUGAUAUGUAGACCUAAAGUUGGAGAUAGAAUAACGGGUGGAGGAUUUGUUGGAGUCUGGAAGAAGAUGGAUAUGGAUGUUUGA